UGAACAAAGGCAAAUUCACCAAUAGGCGAAUAUGAAGACCUCAGAGCAGAGAACCAGAAAACAAAAGAGAAGUGUGACAAAAUCAGGCAAGAACGAGAUGAAGCUGUUAGAAAACUGGAGGAAUUUGAGAAAAUUUCUCACAUGGUUAUAGAGGAAGUUAAUUUCAUGCAGAACCAUCUUGAAAUAGAGAAGACUUGUCGAGAAAGUGCUGAAGCCUUGGCAACAAAGCUAAAUAAAGAAAACAAGACAUUGAAAAGAAUCAGCAUGUUAUACAUGGCCAAGCUGGGACCAGAUGUAAUAACCGAAGAGAUCAACAUUGAUGAUGAAGAACCAACUACGGAUCCAGAGGCUACCGCUGAGCCAUGUGUCUCGGUGCAGUGCCAGAAGCAGAUCAAAGAACUCCGGGAUCAAAUUGUGUCCGUUCAGGAGGAAAAGAAGAUAUUAGCCAUCGAACUAGAAAAUCUCAAGAGCAAACUUGCGGAAGUAAUUGAAGAAGUAAAUAAAGUGAAGCAAGAAAAAGAUGCUUUAAAUUCAGAAGUCCUUGAACAGAGAAAAGUCUUAGAAAAAUGCAAUAGAGUGUCCAUGCUAGCAGUAGAAGAGUAUGAGGAAAUGCAGGUGAACUUGGAACUGGAGAAGGACCUUCGGAAAAAAGCAGAGUCGUUUGCACAAGAGAUGUUCAUUGAACAAAACAAGCUAAAGAGACAAAGCCACCUGCUGCUACAGAGCUCUGCUCCCGACCAACAGCUUUUGAAAGCAUUGGAUGAAAACGCAAAACUCACCCAGCUCCUUGAGGGAGAGAGGAUUCAGCACCAACAAAAGGUCAAAGAAUUAGAAGAACAACUAGAAAAUGAAGCACUCCACAAAGAGAUACACAACCUCAAACAGCAGCUGGAGCUGCUAGAAGAAGAUAAAAAAGAACUGGAACUGAAGUAUCAGAAUUCUGAGGAGAAAGCCAGAAAUUUAAAGCAUUCCGUGGAUGAGCUCCAGAAGCGGGUGAACCAGUCUGAGAAUUCAGUGCCCCCACCGCCUCCGCCUCCACCGCCGCUCCCCCCUCCUCCUCCCAACCCCAUCCGAUCCCUCAUGUCCAUGAUCCGGAAGCGAUCCCACCCCAGCGGCAGUGGUGCUAAGAAAGAAAAGGCAGCUCAACCGGAAACAACUGAAGAAGUCACGGAUCUGAAGAGGCAAGCCGUUGAAGAGAUGAUGGACAGGAUUAAAAAGGGAGUUCAUCUUAGACCCGUUAACCAGGCAGCGAGGCCGAAGGCACAGCCAGAAUCUCCCAAAGGCUCUGAAAGUGCAGUGAAUGAAUUAAAAGGAAUACUGGGGACACUUAACAAAUCCACUAGUUCCAGAAGCUUAAAAUCCCUUCACACUGAGAGCAGCGAGAGUGAGUUAGAGAGGAUCCUGCGUCGCAGGAAGGUGACGGCAGAAGCAGGGAGCAGUAGUCCAACCGGGAUAUUAGCCACCUCAGAGUCCAAAUCCAUGCCGGUGUUGGGUUCUGUAUCCAGUGUAGCAAAAACAGCCUUGAACAAGAAAACUCUGGAGGCAGAAUUCAACAGCCCAGCACCUGAGCCAGGUGAAGGGCCGUGUAAAUUGGAAGGAAGCGCGAGUCCCAAGGUCACAUUUCAGCCUCCCAGUGACCCGGGAUGGAGGAGACAAUACAUUGGCAGUGAAAACCAAGCCAAACCAGUUGUAGUUUUAGAUCCUGUUUCCACACAUGAACCCCAAACCAAAGACCAGGGUGCCGAACAAGAUCCAACUCCACGCAAGGAUGAUGACGGCGAAAUUAAACCAGAAUAUAAAGAAGACAGUGCUGAAAAAAUGCGAGACACAGACAGCUCCAGCUGCUGAUCCUUGAGCCAGAAGGUGACACGAGGAGAAGUCCGUUUCGACGAGCACAUGUUUAGUUCUAGAGACAUUCUGUUCUUGUCCCUGGAUUCAGAAAACAGGUUCUUCUCUGAUGUCACUUUUGUAAGUAGUUCGCCUAUCAAUAUACUAGUAAGUAAGCUGUUUAGCAAAAUGCACAGUCUAUGUAGUUUUUUAUAUUCAUAGGGAUAAGGUGUUUUUUUUUCCCUAAUUAUUGUAUGAAAUGUGACUUCUUUUAGAAGGCUACAGAAAAUUCAGAUGUUUCUAUCCUUUUUAUUAAUGUACAUACCACUAUUCAAAAGUAAUGCUGAAAGUUUGUAGGACUGUGGAUAAUUGGAUAAACAGAACCGAACAAUUUGAGGUGAUUUAAAAAGCCCUCAAAUGAGCUUCUUUUUCGGAUCCAGUCCUCUUUGAUGGAGAAACCGCAGUAGCAUGGGAAUUGUUAGGCACUGUGGCAUGCAAGUUACUUGCUAGGAUAUACCGAGAUAAACUUAAAAUUCAGGAGCUGGCGUCAAACCAGUGGCCCCAUAAUCAGUGUUAAUUAUGCACACUGUUACCUAUGGGAUGAAAAUACAUGCUGAAGAUUGAGUCCAAAACCUCCCAAGGUCUUCGGUGGGAAUGCGCUGGUGGCCCAAAUGCAGAAUCAAGGUGCAGUCCAGUCCUUGAAUGUAACAGAGUCUUAUCUUGGUAAACCCUCUGCUCUGUGCUAUGAGUUCACUGUGUUUUCUCAUGUACUCAUGGGGCACAGGUACCAUAUUUCAUCACAGUUCUUACAUACAGUGAAGAGCAGCGACAAGCAGACAAUUUCCUUUACUGCUGUUCUACAUUACACAGGUUGGUUGUUUUUUGUUGUUGUUGUUUUUGUAAGGAAUUAAGUGGUAGUUAGUCUCUAAAAAUACAAUGUUUCGGUCUACCACAGUGAAUAAAUAGAAAUGUAAUCAGGGAUUAAAAAACACACACACGUAUGCAGCUUUUCAAAGUUGAUUGUUUCAAAAUUGGUGUUUAUUUAAAAUAAGUGGUCAUGUACUUGAAUGCAUUUUUUUACGACAGUGAUUCAGUAAUGGUAAUUUUGCUAUUAAAGGAAGUGAAAGGUUUCGUUUUGUUAGCCGAGCUCAGCAUGUAGCUGUCAGGUGUUGCUCACCUAAGGGCAAGAGAAAAUGAUAGUAAUAAUUGCAGUAGUUGUAUUGUACUUGAUUUUUGCACGUGUGCUAAGCAUAGGCUUGAAGAGGUAGGCAGGCAGGUACGCGUCCUUCCUCGAUUUGGACACAAUGAUCUUCCUGUAGGUUCGUUAUGCUUGACUGUUGCCAUGUUCUUCCAGGGACGACUUUACAGUUACUUAGCAGUUUACUCCUGGGAAAUGAAAGUGUGAUGUUUUCCACUGUAACGCUCUCUAACGGGAUGCUGCUGCUGUGUGAUAUACUCACUGCUAACUGCAUUCAUUCACCUAAACAAGUUCUGUUCUGCUGUGAUGAGCCCUCCUCACCCCACUUAUUAAAAAGCACCCACAGAUUCCCACUAAA